AUGGCCACGCGCAGGUCGCAUAAAAAGUCCCGCAAGGGAUGUGAGCAGUGUAAGCGAAGGAGAAUCAAAUGUGACGAGGAUAAUCCAUGCAAGAACUGCAGCCGUCGGGGAAUGGAGUGCACCUUUGACAGCCAGGGCAGUCUCACCCCGACAGACCGACCGAAUGAAACAGGCAUCCUGUUCGAUCUCCAGGCUCGCAUGCUGGCCUCCGAAUCCCAUUCCCAUGCCCAGCAAGCAGGUGAGGCUGUGGACCCCUUCCGGUCCUUCAAUGAAAGGAUUGAGAGAGGAGCAUUCUUCCCGCAGGAAUGGACAGGCCAGGAUUUUGAAUUGAUGCAUCAUUACACCCUCUACACCUGCAAGACAAUCGCCAGGCGGCCGAGCAUCCAGGAAGCCUGGCAGGAGGCUAUUCCCAAGAUCGCAUAUUCAUACGAGUUUCUCAUGCAUGGGAUCCUGGCCUUCUCUGCCCUUCACCUAGCCUAUCUCAAGCCAGAGAGGUACAGCUACUAUCUCGCCAGCUCUGGAUUCCACAUGACCCUCGGGCUGCGUUCCUUUCGCAGGAUUCUCCUCUCGCCCACUGAUGACAAUUGCUGCGCGCUGUUUGCGUUUUGCAGCUUUAUCAUGGUCUAUAUCUCGGCAUCCCCUGCGGAGCCUGCGGAGCCCGACUUGGGCGAUGGACUCGACUCGAUCAUCGAGCUUCUCGGUCUGUGUCGAGGCACCUUGGUCCUUGCUCCAUACCUGGAGCUCAUCCAAACAAGCGCCCUCCAACCCCUUUUCCUUCCAGAGUUUCGUGGUGACUUGUCAAGUGGAACGAGCUUCGGAUAUCGAUUUGAUGGAUUAGAAGAGCAUCUCGCCCAUCUCCACCAGCUCAUCCAGUCUGAUAUCUCCGACCCCGCGUUAACGGAGCCCUACCUUAGAGCUCUUGAUCGUCUUAAGGCAUCCUUUGAGACUAUCCGCUGCUUUGAAUCGUCCCUUGAGAUCGGCCUGCUAUAUAUUUGGCCGCUCUCGGUAGACGAGCCUUUCUUCGAUCAACUCAGGCAACGGGAGCCUGUUGCGCUCAUUUUUCUUGCAACUUACUCUGCUCAGCUUCACGCGUUCUCCGAUUACUGGUUUGUCGGUCAACAGGGGAGUGCCUGGCUGUCGAGGAUUUCAGCUGUCCUGCCGAAUGGGUUUGACGAACUGCUUAGGUGGCCGAGGUUGUACAGCUCUCAGGACCCGGUUUUCUAG